GCAGGGAUUGCUGGGAUUGCAAUCCGUGACAGAAGCAUUGGGAAGGAUGCGAGGAUCGGUCGCUUUGAUUCUUCUCUUCUUCCUCAGCAGCUUCUUUUGUGCAAACGAUGCUAAAAAGAAGAGCACCACCCGCCGCAACCCUAUCGAAGAUGUCGAUCACAAACGACUGGAUGAACUCAUCAGCAGCGAGGAAUUUUUAGCCGUCUUUUUCUACUCUGAUGUGUGUAAAGAAUGUCACAAAAUUUUAGAAGAAUUGGAGAAAAUAGAUGAUGAUGCUGAAAACUUCGGAGUCCAGUUUGUCAAAAAUGGCGACAAACAUUUGGCCAAAAGANAUAUAUAUAUAUUUCUAAAAAGUUCUGUUAGAUUAUCGUAG